AUGUCGCCUGCCCCAGUCAUCCAGACCGCUGCUGCCUCACCUUCUUCACCACAACAACCCCACACACCAACCUCGACAGCUAUCCCUGCAUCGAAACACUUUGAUGACAUCUUUCACGCCAAGUUCAUGCACAUCAUCCAGGAAUGGAAGAAUGACCCCUCCCGUGGCCAACUCACUCAAAAGGAUCGGAAGACUUUCAUUGAGAAUGCCUUCUUCGAGACCGAUGAGCUUUAUUUCGGCGGGCGGAUGAUGACCGAUCUUGAAAUCAAGCUUCGCGCACUUACCAAGGUCUUCUAUAAGGUCCUCGCCGAAGAACCUUGGUCCGAGGAUUGGAUACGCGCCCCUGAUGUUGAGCGCAAGCUGUCCAAGUUUGAGAUGCACGAAGACUCCGUGGCCCUUGCCAAGGCGCACGGCUUUACUACACCUCGUGAGGCGGUCAAAGCGGCACGUGAGGCUGGCAUCAAGAACGCCGAGACUUAUAAAGAGGCCCAAAAGGAAGGGAAGACUCUCAAGGACAUCAAGCUUGACCGUGGUCCGUUUGAUGAUAUCGAGAUUGUCUACAUCGCUGGCACGGUCUCGUCAUCUGCUACAAGCAAGAUCGACCGCUCUAGUAUCUACCCUGUCUCCGUCUCCUCAGUCGCCAAUGUUCUCCAGAACCACAUCUGUAGGGAUAUGGUUCGCCCGUUCUCCAUGGCCGAGCGCUUCGUUAACUGCACCGAUACCAAGGAACUCGAAGACAUGCGCCGCUUUGCCUGCAAUGUCUGUGACUUCUGUCCUCAUCUUCUCGACAACGACAACGUCAGCCUUUUAGUUGUACUACUCAUUCUUUCACGUUCCGACUGCUGUCGCCGAUUCGAGGCCAAUGGUAUUCGUAUCGAAGGCUCUACGAUUAGCCACCGCAAGGCCGAAUGCAUGAAGAACAAGAUGGGCUGGAAGACAUCUGAAGACAAGAAGCCGUACGACAACUUUGCUCAAGAGUUCCAGACUCGUGUCAAGAACGCUUGCUUCCCGGCUCCUCGAGCUCAACGUAUCGGUGGUCGGAAGCCGCCGCGCAACUCCGGUCCGGCGACACCUCCGGUCUACGCCCAGCCUCACAUGGGUUACGUCGCGCCUCCUCAGGUUCGCAACGACAAUGUCAACACCAGCAUCAACGUUCCCGCUCCAUCGUUCCAGAAUAACUUCCCGCAGCCUGCUCCUCCAGCGAUCAAGGACCAGCGUACGUCAAUUGGCGCUGGUAGCAGCGUUGCCGAACCUAUGGAUCUUUCCUAG